AUGUCCGAUCCCAUAUCCUUGACAGGCACCGCCGUAGGCGUUGUGUCACUCGGCCUCCAAGUCUGCGGCGAAAUCGUCUCUUACUGCCAAGCAUGGAAGGGCUUCGAUGAAGACAUUCGAAACUUUUCUCAAAAAGCCGACGGGCUUCGCAUUCCUCUAGAGGUUCUACGAGGACUUCUAGCAAAUUCCCAAGAGACUGACGUUACGACUGCUGCCGACAUCGAAGACAAGCUGCAACAUAUUGAGCGAGUGAUUACGAGGCUCAAGAAUGCGACAAAACAAUUUGCAUCGCGAGCAUCUGGCGAAACUGCUGCUAUUCGAGCCCAGUUCAAAAAGGCGACAUACCCUUUCCGCAAGAAUAGCUUGCGUGAGAUGUCCAGUGACCUUGAUAGCUUACAGCUGAGUUUACACACAAUUCUGCACGCGUCAGUCCACUGUGACCCUUAUUCAUGA